UCAAUGAAGGAUUCGGGAUGAUGGUUUCCCACACCUGCCUGAGCUGCUUUCUGGAAUUCUUACACAGCUUCCAUAAGACGGUGGAAAGAAUCUACUCCGAGCAAGAUGGACCGAUGGGGACCACAGACAACUUUAUCUGCCGCAUCACCAAUAUUGUCAACUGCUGUCCGCCAUUCCGGGAAUUUGCCACUCGGAUGGGCCAACUGGAUAAAACACAAGGGGCGGAGCUUCUGCACCAAUCUGAGGGCACUCUGGACCGUAUUGUUAGCCUUGGAACGCGAGGGAUUUGUGACUUGGUGCUUCAUGAUCUGAAGCCAUUUUGCCGGAAGCUUCUGGGCCGCCGCUGGCUAAGUAACUCGGAUGUGUGUGAUGGGAUUGUGUCCGGUCUAGCGGAAUAUGUGGUCACUCUUCGUAGGCUGAGCCUGGGGCCCUACCAGGCCACAGUGUCCGAGCUCCACCGCCGCGUCCUCCUGGAGUAUGUGCGACCUCUGAUCCAGGGCAAGAUGUCCUGCACCACCUCCAGGACCAGAAAGAGAGCCGCCAGCAAACUGAGAGAGGAAAACCGACACAUUGUACAGAUCUUUAACAAGCUGGAGUCUCCACAAGCUGUGCUGGACCAGGUCAUCCCCCGACUCACAGAGAUUUUGGUUCUGGAAGACACGGCGUCCAUCCAGAUGGAGGUGGGAAUGUUGGUGUCGGACUUUCCAGAUUUCAGGAAACGCCAUCUGUCCUCCCUCCUCGAUGUCCGGGGCUUGUGGGAUCCAACUGAGCGCCAUCAGAUUCUGGGUGUUCUGCAUGACUUGGAAGGGGCAGAUGCACUUCCGCCAUGUCGAGGAGCUGCGGGCUUCUUCUCGGAAAUCUCCAUUACACAUGAUACUCAUUGCAUCCAUGUCAGUCUCUCAAGAGCCUCACAGUUUGGCCGCAGAACAUUACGUCUCUUCAGCAGGCGCAGGAGGAUUACGUCAAACCAUGUUGGAGAUGGACCGUCUCCGGGAGAAGAGGACACUCAGCUUUAGAAGAUAUCUUGUUGAAUUGGACAUGUUGGGUGUGAAUAAUAUGAGGGAACUGAGGAAUCAAAAUGAAGGGAAUUCAUUGAGAAAUCCAUUUAUCUUGCAGUAUAUUGUACAUUUCAUGUGGUUCAGAAGACGGGUUCUCUGGGGGAGCAGCGAGAAAUUGGAGGUCAUUAGGAAGAUGGGUCUCUCACUACUCUUGGGAAGUUGAGGAUCUCCAUAGUCACUGGAAAUUGGGGGAUCUCAGUAUUCUUAGAAAGUUGGGGUAUCUCCGUUUGCUUGGAAAGUUGGGGAUCUUUUUACCCUCAUUAAGUUGGAGGAUCUCAGCACUCUUGGUAAGUUGGGGAAUCUUAGUUUUACAGUACUCUGGGGGAUCUUAGCUCUCUCGGGAAGUAAGAGGAUCUCAGUUCCAGUUAGGGGAUCAGUUCCUCUGGGAAGUUAGGGGAUCAGUUUCUCUGGGGAUCAGUUCCUCUGGGAAGUUGGGGGAUCAGUUCCUCUGGGAAGUUAGGGGAUCAGUUCCUCUGGGAAGUUAGGGGAUCAGUUCCUCUGGGAAGUUGGGGGAUCAGUUCCUCUGGGAAGUUAGGGGAUCAGUUCCUCUGGGAAGUUAGGGGAUCAGUUCCUCUGGGAAGUUGGGGGAUCAGUUCCUCUGGGAAGUUGGGGGAUCAGUUCCUCUGGGAAGUUAGGGGAUCAGUUCCUCUGGGAAGUUAGGGGAUCAGUUCCUCUGGGAAGUUAGGGGAUCAGUUCCUCUGGGAAGUUAGGGGAUCAGUUUCUCUGGGGAUCAGUUCCUCUGGGAAGUUAGGGAAUCAGUUCCUCUGGGAAGUUAGGGGAUCUUAGGGUCUCUUGACUCACUAGAGAGAGUUGGGUAAUUUCAGUUCUCUAGGGAAGUUGGGGGACCUCCGUACUUUUGGAAAGUUGGAGAUCACGAUUUUCUUGGGAAGUUUUGGUAUCUCAGAUCUGUUGGGAAGUGGUGGAUUACAGUACUCUUGAGAAUCUGGGGGAUCAAAGUUCUCUUGGGAAGUUGGGGAUCCCAAUACUCCUAGGAAGUUGGGGUGUCUCAGUUUCCUGGGGAAGCCGGGGCAUGUCGCUUCUCUCACAAUGUUGGGUGAUCUCAUUUCACUCAGGAAUUGGGGGGAUCUUAGUUAUUAGGGGACGUUUAGGGAUCUCGGCUAUCUUGGGAAGUUGGGAAAUCUCAGUACUUUGGCAGUUGGGGAAUCUCGGCUCUUUCAGGAAGUCGGAAGGGUUUUAUUAAGGUAAAUGGGCAGUAAAUGUGACACUGCCCUGCCUAUCAUUUACUGGUUAUGAAAGUUCCGGAAUCUUAGGCCGGUCUGUAUACAGUGCCUCAAGAUCUUUCCAGCUUCAAAUGAACCCAGGCCUGUUUUUUGGCCAACCCUUGCCAACUGUUACAUGCAUUAUUCCAUAGGCAGUUAAGGCUCAUAAAUGUGACAGUUGAAUGUUGGGGGGGGGGGGUUAGUUCCAGGAGAGGUGAAACGUAAUCCUAAUUUGGUGAUAAGACACAACUUGGUCCUAUGAUUUGAGGUCUUCCUUCUUUUGUACACAUUGGUGGGCAGGACAGGGGCACCAGAAGGUGGGAAGUGUGGAGGGUUCUGUGAAUGUCUCCAGAUCUUCUGUGCAAAACAUAAAGAAAGGCUUUUGCCUUAUCCGUGUAUAUAAAGUAUAUAUGGAGAUAAAGUAAUAAUAAAUCUUAAUUUAACAAUU